AUGGCCAUAGCGGAUGUUGCUUCAGCAGGAAUAGGAGUUGUGGUCUGUACCGGUAUCAGUGAAAUAUCAUUUCGAAAAAGUCUAGCCAAAUUAGUUGAAAAAUUAAGAAACGCUAUUAAAAAUGUUGAAACUAAGAAAUUUGAGCAAAUACAAAAUCUUAGUGAAUAUUUUGAUCAUUUUGAAAGCAAAAUACAUAAUUAUUCAACUCAUAGACAAACAUCAACAAUCAAUAUUAUUUGGUGUGAUAAAAAAAUUCGAGACGAUGAAAAUCAACGUUAUUUUGAAAAAUUGAAAAACAGUCUUUCAAAAGAACAAUAUCAAAUUGUACAAUGUGAUACUAACGAACAAUCUAUUAAGUUUACUAAAUCGAAUAUACAAAAUAAUUUAAUCUUAAUUGCAUCAGGAUCAGCUGGACACGAAAUUGUUUCUAACGUUGGAUAUUAUUUUCAUAUUAAGGGUAUAAUUAUCUUUUGUUCGGCAAUUGAAUAUCAUCGAACAUGGGCAAAACAGUAUAAAAAAGUCUUACUUGUUACUAAUCAAUUUUCUCAAGUUAUUCAAAAGAUCAAUGAUAUUGAGCGUGAUGAAAUUUAUUUUUUAAAUUUUGGCUUUUCUUAUGAAGAUAUAACAUUAAAAUUAUCAAAUUUUGAUUAUUAUCUCUCAACAGAACAAGAUGGUUUUAUAAUUCAACAAUUUUCCGAUAUUAAUUUAAGUAUCGAUCAUCAUAAAGAAAUCAUGAAUGAGUUACAUAAUUUAUUAGUAUCGAAAAAAGUUUAUCCAAAUGAUAUUCCAUAUCAUUUUCAACUUCAGAAUUUAAUGCAAUGUGCCGAAAAAUUUGUUGAAGUUUUAAAAGAUAACCAACCAGAAAAGAAUAUCAUUCGUCUAUAUACAACUUCAAUACCUUCAUACUACAAAAUAAUAAAUGAUAUUCUUAAUCGGUUGGAUGAACAGCUAAUUGUAUUAAUUCAAGAUUAUAUUAAAGCAUUGAGAUAUUCUUUAUUGAUCUAUUCAGAUAAAUCUAAUAAAAUGCUCUGUAGCAAGGAUAUCAAAUUAUACAGAGGUAUAGAUUUAGCAAGAGAGAAUAGUUUUCAAGAAUUUUUAAGGAAAUUCAAUGUUAAUGACACAAUAGUCUUUCCAGCGUUUUUAUCCACAACAUUAACUAGAGAAGUAGCAAUGAAUUUUGCUGGUGAGAAAGGUGUUCUGUUAAGCAUCUCUGUCGAUUGUACAAAAUCAAAUAAACCAAGAAGUAUAUCUGAUGUAUCACAAUUUGCAAAUGAAGACGAAGUCUUAUUAAAUUGUUUUAGUUUAUUAACGGUCAAGAAAAUAAACAAAAUUACCGAUGAUUUAAUGUUGUACGAGUGUACUUUAGAACUUCGUUAA